ACGACGGGGCGUCAGUUUCUCACUUCGCACUGAUUCAGCUAAGCUAGCUAGCUCAACAAGGAAACUAUCGGAGGGAAGGAAAUCCGGGGACGGUUGAAUUAUGGCUGAACUUGAUCAACACGAAGGAGAACAGGACAUUGAGAAAAUUAAGGAGACGAGACAGAGAUUCAAGAAUGAGUUCCUCCAAGAUUCAACAGAUAAGUAUGACUCCAGAGAUGUGGAAAGAAUUGAAGAGAAUGAUGGCCUGGUGGAGAGCUACCUGACAUGGAGGCUUAAUGUUGUUGAUGAUGCCUUGAAGAUGAUUGAUGAAAGUCUCCAGUGGAGAAAAGAAUUUGGUGUGAAUGAUAUCACUGAGAGCACCAUUCCCAAAUGGAUGUUUGAGACUGGUGCUGUCUACCUCCACGGCUAUGACAAAGAGGGAAACAAGCUCUUCUGGUUCAAAGUGAAGCUACACGUGAAAGAUGCAAAAACGAUCCUGGACAAGAAGAAGUAUGUUGCCUUCUGGCUGGAGCGCUAUGCGAAGAAGGAACCUGGGAUGCCGCUUACUGUUGUGUUUGACCUGGCGGACUCCGGUCUCAGCAAUAUAGACAUGGACUUUGUGAAGUACAUUAUUAAUUGCUUCAAAAUAUAUUAUCCAAAGUUUUUAUCCAAAAUGAUCAUCGUGGAUAUGCCUUGGAUCAUGAAUGCGGCAUGGAAGAUUGUGAAGUCAUGGCUGGGUCCAGAGGCAAUCAGCAAGCUCAGGUUUACAACCAGAAACGAGGUCCAGACAUUCAUAGGCCCCGAGUACCUGCCACCUCACAUGGGUGGAACGGACCCGUUCAAGUAUAGCUACCCUCCUCUUCCCGAUGACGACUUCCAAACACCCAUCUGUGACAACGGACCUAUCGUUAGCGAGGAUGAGACGGAGAGCAAAGAGGGUGAAUUGGAGAGCAAAGAUACCCUUGAGUCCAGCUUCAACUCUGAGGUAGCAGUAAAGCCCAAAAAGGUGAAUUUCCUGGAAGACAGUUUGAGGGCAGAGGACAAUGAUAAAGGAGACACAUGCACCAGAACCAAAGGAGCCAGGAAGCCACUGACCACCUUCAAAGGCCCUCUGCUGGAUGUUAGCCCUGCAGAGGAGCUCAGUUUUGGUUCUGGAGAGAUGGAGAAGAAAAGUCUCAUUAUCCUCAGCAAUGUGACCAAAAAUCAAGUGGCCUUUAAGGUACGAACCACAGCACCUGAGAAGUACAGAGUGAAGCCCAGUAGCAGCUGCUGUGAAGCGGGAGCCUCUGUGGAUAUAGUGGUGUCCUUACAUGGAGGUUCUCAGGCCUCUCCACAGGACAGAUUUUUGGUCAUGGCUGCUGAGAUGGACAAUGUUGGAUCACAAGAACUUGCACAGUUCUGGAAAGAAGUACCGAAAACCAAGAUCAUGGAACACAGAUUGCGCUGUCAUGUGUUGGAGAGCGUUAAGUCAACAGUGAAUUCUCUCAGGGACAGCCCUGUGGAGACAGGAAGCAGCGGGCAGCAAGAAUUAAACACAGCGCUCAUGCGGGUGAUGGCCUGCAACUCGCGCCUGGAGCAGAAGCUGAAUACGUGUCUGUGGGUGCAGAAGGUUCUCAUUGUGUUGGUGCUGGUGCUGGUGGUGCUGAACCUGCUUUGUCUGUACCUGCUGGGUACGGCCCAGCGGCCAUCUUGACCGCCGCACCCUCCGCCUGCAUCUGUCCACCACAGACACACAGACGGUUCCAGCGGGGCCACAGUUGACCGCCUGACGGACGGUCGUCCUCAGCUCGCAGAUGAAACCAGAGCAGACCUUCGCCUCUCCUCUCCUCUCCCCUCCCCUCCCCUCCCCCACCCUCCCCACAGACUGUCGUCAUGGAGAGGAAGAGCGCUGACUUAUGAGAUGUUGUGGAGUUAAUAUACAGAGAUUGUACUUGUCUCUUUUCAGGCCCUUGAGAGUUAACAUAACAAAGACACUUUUAACAAUAUGGCAGUCAAUCAUUAAUGUAUUUUUUUAAACUGAUCAUGAAAAAGUAAACAUGUAUUUAUUGCAGAAGUCACAAUAUGUAGGAAAGAUUAGCUAUUUUUGUGAUUAUAAUGUGCAAUUUUUUAUAUUGUAUAAUUCUACAGCAUAUAAAAAAUAAACACUUUGUCAACAGAU